GUUUGUCUCAACACCAAACUAGCAAUCAUGGCUCUCAACGUGCGUACUAUCCCCAGCAAUGUUGUGGCCCAGCGGCAGCAAACUGCCCGCACGCCGGUGCGGGUCCCGAUUAAUGCCAAGUCUGUGGUGGCCCUGCGCGUCGCACCCUUCCAGGGUGCUUCCGUUGCCGCCCAGCGCGCAGCUCUUCAGGUUCGGGCCGCUGCUGCGACCGAGGUCAAGACCGAGAAGGAGCUUGGCCAGGCGCGUCCCAUCUUCCCUUUCACGGCCAUCGUGGGCCAGGACGAGAUGAAGCUCGCGCUCAUCCUCAACGUUAUUGACCCCAAGAUCGGCGGUGUCAUGAUCAUGGGCGACCGCGGCACCGGCAAGUCCACCACCAUCCGCGCCCUGGCCGACCUCCUGCCCGAAAUGAAGGUUGUCGCCAACGACCCCUUCAACUCCGACCCCGCCGACCCCGAGCUCAUGAGCGAGGAGAUCCGCAACCGCGUCAAGGCUGGCGAGCAGCUGCAGAUUGGAUCCAAGAAGAUCCCCAUGGUGGAUCUGCCGCUGGGCGCCACCGAGGACCGGGUGUGCGGCACCAUUGACAUUGAGAAGGCGCUCACGGAGGGUGUCAAGGCCUUCGAGCCGGGUCUGCUCGCCAAGGCCAACCGCGGCAUCCUGUACGUGGACGAGGUGAACCUGCUGGACGACCACUUGGUGGAUGUGCUGCUGGACUCGGCGGCUAGCGGUUGGAACACGGUGGAGCGCGAGGGCAUCAGCAUCAGCCACCCCGCGCGGUUCAUCCUGGUGGGGUCAGGCAACCCCGAGGAGGGUGAGCUGCGCCCGCAGCUGCUAGACCGCUUCGGCAUGCACGCGCAGAUCGGCACGGUGAAGGACCCCCGGCUGCGGGUGCAGAUCGUGUCGCAGCGCGCCACCUUUGAUGAGAACCCCGCAGCCUUCCGCAAGGACUACGAUGGCAGCCAAACCGCCCUCACCGCCCGCAUCGUGGACGCCCAGAAGCUGCUCAAGCAGUGCGAUGUGUCGUACGACUACCGCGUCAAGAUCUCCCAGAUCUGCAGCGACCUCAACGUGGACGGCAUCCGCGGCGACAUCGUCACCAACCGCGCCGCAAAGGCGCUUGCUGCCUUCGAGGGGCGCACCGAGGUCACGCCAGAGGACAUCUACAGGGUGAUCCCGCUGUGCCUGCGACACCGGCUGCGGAAAGACCCGCUGGCGGAGAUUGAUGAUGGGGACCGGGUACGGGAGGUGUUCAAGACGGUGUUUGGAAUGGAGUAAGGAGGAGGAGGUAAAGAGGAAACAACUA